AUGAAAACGGCCUCAACAGCAGGGAUCGAGAAGACCGAAAACGAAGACAAGCCGAUGACGAGGGCGACUGAAUGGGGAGUGGCCGAACAGCCGGAUGCCGGUUAUAUACCCGGCACCGCCACGAAUAGUUCUGAAUACAAAUGCAUCCCCUGCUUUUUUCUAAAACCAUAUUAUUUCAUAUUCUCUUGUAAUUUUAAAACAGAUUGGGUCAGUGUUGCCAAUGAUCUUCUGACAAAAUGUAACAUACAUCUGCAUGUUAAUAACCUCUCUGACUGUGGAGCUGAAGUUUUUGUUCAUCUUUACGAGUCGAUAUUAGGAGAAAAAGUCCCAGAUUUCAUAGCUGUUCCUACUUGCCAAGAAGACAAUGUUCAUAAUGUGCAAGCAGUGAUAGAUUCUUUGGCAUUGGACUACUUGCAGAUCAGCUUAUCACAUAUAACUGGUGAGAAUAUUGUAAAAGGAGAUAAGGAGUCUAUUAGAAAUCUCUUGGAAAUAUUUGAUGGCUUACUUGAAUAUCUUACAGAAGAAAUCAGCGAAACUGCUUCUCAAAAUUAUGGUGAUCUUAAGCAGAUGGCAGAAGAGGAAUUCGUGUGCACUUAUUCCAAGAAGCAAGAUGAUGGCUGUGACAUCCCAGUUCCCUCCCUGGAGCAACCAUCAGCUGUGGGAUCUCAGUCAUCAGAGAUACUUGAUCCAUCUUGGGAGGCUGAUGGUUCAGAAUCUACAAGUGAGCUAAUUAAGCUUGGGGACACAGCUUAUUUGUUUUCUCUAAGAAAUGAAGUAUUACCAGCAAAAAAAGAAGUACCAAAAAAGGCUGCGGGAUCUGAAGAACAUGCAGCUUUUAGAGAAUCAUCUCGUAUAUUCUUCAGUGGAAAAAAUACUGUUGUUACAGAAAUGCAAGCUACAGAGAAAUCUGCUCAAUUACCUCAAGAGCAAUUGAGUUCCAGUGCUAAGAAGCUCGGGGAACCAAUCCGGCCAGCAAUUGCUUUGCAGCCACCCUACCAGUCUUCCAUCACUAGAGCCUCGUAUGUAGCUGAAAAAAACAAUGAAAGUGGAGGCAGGGAUUCCCCGCCACCUUUAUCACCACUUAAACCUCAGGAACCUCCACCUACUGUUCCUGCAGAACCUCCAGAGCAUGAAUCUCCUAUUUUUUCAGAUGGCAUCAAUUCUUUUCCAGAAGCUACUUCUUAUUUUCCAACUGGACAGUCAGCAACGGGAGGUGGUAUAACUGAUGAAACAGUGCCUCAAGAUGGCUCACAUGAUGCAGGAAAGGAAAUGGAUGAAUGUUCACAGCAUACAUCAAUUCAGGGUUGCAAGGAGAAUACAUUACCUCAGUUCACCUCUAUACCGACCACAAGACCCAAACAAAGGAAUCUGUUUAUUGGGAAAAGCCAGAAUGAACGUCCUGCUCUGGCAGACUCUCCUAUAGAAGACUCUCUUCCCCAUAGAAGGGCAAAGGAAAAACUGUGUGAAAUGUCAGAUAAACUCUCCCGCAGGCUGAAUGAACUGGAUGCAAUGUUAAAGCAUGCCUUGGGUGAACAGAGCAGGGAUGAGUUGUCAGCUGAUGAGGAUACCCUUUCUCAGCACAGUGAUAGCAUCAUGGACUAUCGCCAAAUAAAACUAGGAUCAGAUGCUCGCCUUCCAAGGAAAGCACCCAGCAGGCGACGGUCAUUUUCUGCUUCCCCACCUCCAUCUAAUUAUCAACCAUCACAUGUAUCAGAUAGUCCACCCCAAAAGGAUGCAAAAGGACCAGUGGGAAGGAUACGAGUGUGUUUGCAAAAUGAACAGGAUCAGAGGAAGUUAAGAGCAAAGCUUUUGAGUAAAGCUUAUGAUGAAGAACUAAAAGCAUAUGAAACUAGUGAAAGAUUGGAACUUGCAAAGCUAAAAGCAAAAGCUCAGGAAAUGGAACAAAAAUACAAAGAGGACAUAUUUAAAGAAACUCCAAGAAUCUCACAUGCAGCGAAGAUUUAUUCUCGAAAAAAUAUACCUCGGCAUUCCAAACUCAACCAGAGGAUUUCAAGAGGAGGGCUUGCAAAGCCAAAAAAAGCAGCUCCAAUGAAAGUCAAAGAGAACGAUCUCUUGCCUCUACUACUUGAAGACCUUCCUCACCUGCACAUUUCCCAUCCAACAAUGAACAAGAUGUGGCAGCAGCAGCUUACGCAAAUACAGAAAUUGAAUUCUCCCUGUGAUAGAAACCAGCUGAAACGGCAAAAUGAAGUACUGGAAACACUGAAGAAGCAUGCUCUACUUGUGGAUCUUCUCAAGAGAGAGCAGGCUCACAACAGGAGAUUGCAAGAGUUUAGACAGCGCAUUGACAGACAGAAAAGUACACAGAAUAAAAUGAGGGAGAGACGCCAGCAGAUUGCCCGAGCCAAAAAGUACUAUCAAGAUUACAGAGUUCAGCUGCGUGCCAAGAUGAUGAGGGCCAGGACCCGUGAGGAAAGGAUAUUUAAACACCUGUUUGAAGAAGCCUUGGAAAUUCAGAAGCAAAGAUUUCUUGAGCUGAGGACAUAUGCCAAGGAAAAACGUGCUGAACAAAGGAGGCAGUAUCAAGAUGAACUGCAAUCCAUGGAGAACUAUUAUAAAGAUCAGUUUUCAAUGCUGGCAGAAGCUGUUUCAGAAGAACGUCAAGAAAUCCAAACCAGAGAGCGAGCACAUGCCCAGACAUUAAAUAAAGUGAAACGUGAACUGAGAUCCAAGUUGGAGAAAGAGAUUAAAGAGCUACAGGAGAUGAUCACACGUGAUGAUGAUGAUUCGUUUUUCCGAGAGCUAGAAGCUGAUCGUCUGAAAACCAGACUCCUGGUGGCUUCUUUUCAGUAUAGCAAGAACUAUCUGUUUCUUUAAAGGCCUGGCAUGCUUAUAAAACAUCUACAUGACCUUUUUUCAAGGAGACCAGAAUCAAAAAUGUAAAGUUAGUAGUUUAGUUUGUUGCCCCAAACCAAAUUAAGUUGAUGUUAUGAAAAUAUUGCAUAGGUAUUUUCAAACAAAUAGUUUUUAAAGACUUUGUCAAUAAAGAUUAGCUUCCUUUCAAUCAAAAUUCAGCUAUCUCCUAGGAUAACCUGUGUGGCCAAAUGUUAUUUUUGCUGAUGUAUAUUGCUAUCCCAGACUGGGCGAGCAUAAAAAACAAAUCGUUGGUUAUGGCUGUAGAAUCUUCCCAGGUAUCACUGUCAAACUGACUGGUUGGUCAUAGUUUGCUGUAUCUUUCUUCUCCCUUUUGAAGAUGGGGAUAUUUGCUCUUCUCCAAUCAUCUGGCACUUUUCCAAUUUGCCAAGAUUUCUUAAAAAUACGUAAAGGAUUGGCUAGACCAACAGUGCUCUAAGAUGCAGUUAAUUUGUUGAUGGAUUUUUGAAUUCAUUCAGAGUGAAGAGGUAUUCCCUAACCAUGCCUCAAAUGUCAAUACUGUUGUUUCAUCCUGCCCUUCAGAGUUUUCUAUUGAAACAUAGUUCCUUGUUGGAGAAUUGCUUAACUGUAGAACAUUUUUAUGAGUGCUUUAUCUCACAAGCUAUUUUAGAGGAAGUGAUACUAUGUAUCUCCAGGGACUCUAUCUAUAUUCCUCCAUGUACUAAUGGAUAAUGGAUAUUUGUUAUAAAUUACAUUGCUUACCUAAUGGAAUUGCUGAAAAAAAAACCCAGCUCUCCUCUGCAGAGCUAUGCUGUUAUGUGGCUGCAUCUUUCUUUUUUUAGUUCAGAGGCAGAAAAUACGAGAAAAAAAAACUUUGUAAAUUGUAAAUCCCUCCAUUAGAGCUAGAACUCUUUAUAUAUUGAAACUAACUAGGCCAGCUGUAAGAGCUGGAUUUAGGCAAGUUCUAUAUUGGAAAGCGCUGUAUUAAAACCAGCUUGCUUGUCCAACUGAGAUGUAGUUUGGGAGUGGGAAAUGGUGCUGCCGUGGUUGUUCUUUCUCCAUGGAAAUUCCGGUCAGUCAAUAUUGAGUGGAGAGGUCCAGCCCAAAUCCAUUGGUUUGUGGAGUGCCUCUCUGUCUUUAAGUAUAUACUUCCCUAAACAGAACUGGUGCCCAGUUGGGGAUCUUCCCGGACUCAUGGUUCCUGCUUGAAAAGGAAGUGGCAACUGUGGCCAGGAAGGCAGAGGCUUAUCUGGUGCACUGAUUGCACCAUUUCCUGGACUGUUUUCUUCCAUGAGCUCUACAUAGGGCUAGAUUUGAAGUCCACUUGGAAGCUACAGUUGGCCCAGAAUGCAGCAGCAUGAGCAGUUAUGGGCUCAUCUUUGUAUCCUCGUUCCCACCUCUUCUACGAGAAGUGUAUUUCUUACCAGUGUAUUUCUGAGCUUCUGGUUGCAAUUCAAGGUGCCAGUUAACACCUGCAAAGCCCUUUAUAGCAUAGGGACUAGCUGAGGGACUGCCUCUCUUCCAUCAUACCUGACGGAGCUGGCAUGCUUUGUAUGCUAUCCAUUAAGCGAUGUCAUCUGAUGGGACCCAGGAAGUGUGCCUUCUCUGUCAAAGCACCUGUCCUUUUGUAUUUCAUCUCCCUGGAGGUUCACUUCUCACUUCUACAAGCCUUUAGACAAUCUCUGAAAACCUAGGGUUGGUGGUGUGCCCAUCUAGUGUAUAGUGUUUGGUUUCGCACAUAUAUGUUGUUUCUUCCUCAUAUAAUUAGGUGUAUUGUUAGUUUUUAUUUUAAGGUAUUGCAUUUGUUUUUAAUUUGUACACCAUCCAGAAUCGUUGCUGGGUUGGAUAGCCUUAUAAAUUAAAUAAAUACAUUUUGCUGUGCCAAAGCCAAAUGUAUGAUCAAAUUCCUUGUAUUUGUAAAGGAGGCACAUCAGAAACUUUUGAUGCUGAAAUUCUAAAGCUCAUUUACUUCUGAAAUUUGAAAUUAGUAUUUUUUUGAAAACAUGCAGUCUUAUGGCAUAAUUUACAUACAAAACAUUGCUAUUAUAAAGAACUGAUCAUUUUCUGUAGGGCAAAGUGAUUAUAAUUGUUCUUUCACACUUAUUGUUGUGCUGGACCACAGCAAUUUGAAUACUGUACUACAAAUUAUUCUUCAGAUACCUUAAAAUGAAAAACAUAGUAGUCUUUGAAGAAUUUGUAAUGCCUUAAAUGCUACUUGCUGGGGAAAAAAUAUCUUUUUACAGGCCUUGAGUAAUGUGUUGCUGUAAUAUUCCUGAGUUACACAAUGCAAGACUUGCAACAAGAAAAAUCUUGAAAGGGAAAUCAGUGUUGCCAGAUUUUUGAACACAUAUUAUUUCUAAGAAUAUUGUGAAAAAUCUCCCCAUUCUCCUUUCUCCAACUAUCUCAGUUUCUGCAAAUAGCAGGAUUUGACUCUUAGUAGGGAAGAAAAAAAUAGAGGUGAGGGCAACAACAGAGGAACACAGCUGAAAAGUUUAGAGACUGCAUCUUCCCUAAAACAAAUUACAAAUAUAAAGAUCUGGCAUACAAACUCAAAGUUAACAUCAGCCAAUGAAUAGUAGAAAGAUGC